GGGGAUCCACAGAUCACAUUGGAUCAAAUAGAUUUUAGAAUGAUAGUUUUAAAGGAAUUUAUUAAUGCGUUAGGUGUAAAAACUAGUUGGAUAGAACGACCGAUCUUUGCUAAUGUGACCCCUAAAAUUUUAACGCCACAACUAACUUUGUCAAAAGAUAAUGGUGGUGGUUUGGAAUUUAAAGGAUUUAAAGAAUACGCUUAUGAUAAAUAUAUAAUAUUUCGUGGUAAAGAGAUUCAAUCAAUUAAUGAGGCCGCUAAAUCAAUUGAUGAAUUCGUUAAAGAACCAAAUGUUAAAUUUAAAGAUCAAGAAGAAUUUAUCGCAAAGUUCGUUAAAUCACCACAAAUUGAAUCGGCUCAAAGGAUAGCAAACGUCAGUGUUAAUCCAUUUACUUUAGGGUUUCAACUAAGAGGGGCCAAAUCUGAUGAUGAUGUGAUCGUUUUAGAAACUUCAUUAAAUCCUUAUCAAAAUGGUGUUAGUAUGAAUAAUUUUGAUGCUAGCAUUUAUGCUAACACCGAGGAUUUCUUAAUG